UUACCGGAAAAAACACACUUACAAAGAUGAUAUGCAACCAUGUGCGUACUUCCAUAUCUCAAAUACCCAUAAAAUUCCAUCUCCUCAGGCGCCGACCACAAAAAGAAAAAGUUCUGGUGGUGUUGGGAGUCACCGGUGCCGGAAAAUCAAGACUCUCCGUCGAUCUCGCCACCCACUUCACCGCCGAGGUUGUUAACUCCGACAAGAUACAAAUGUACCAAGGUUUAGACAUUACUACCAACAAGAUCACCUAUGAAGAAUGCAAUGGUGUCCCUCACCACCUCAUCGGAAUCAUACCACCCGAAGCGGAUUUCACCGCGAAAGACUUCGUUCGGACUUCAUCGCUAGCGAUUGAGUCGAUCAUCGGUAGAGGCAAGCGGCCGAUCAUAGCCGGAGGAUCGAAUUCUUUCGUCGAAGCAUUGAUUGAUGAUCGGAGUUGUGAGUUUCGUUCGCGCUACGACGUUUGUUUCUUGUGGGUUGACGUCGCAAUGCCGGUGUUGAAACGGUUUGUAUCCGACCGGGUUGAUCGGAUGGUGGCAGCGGGAAUGGUGGAGGAGGUUCGGAAAAUGUAUAACCCUAAUUCGGAUUACUCGAAGGGAAUCCGUCGCGCCAUCGGGGUACCCGAAUUCGACUCGUAUUUCCGCUCGGAAUACUCGUCAUCAAUCAACGAAGAAACGAGAGCAAAAUUAUUAGAAUCCGCGAUUAACGACGUAAAGAUCAAUACAUGCGCACUUGCAUGCCAACAAUUAAAAAAAAUUGACCGGCUAAGAAACGUUAAAGGUUGGGAUCUUCACCGAAUUGACGCCACAAAAGUUUUUGAAACGACAGGUAAACAUGCUGACGAUGCGUGGUCUGAGCUGGUGAGAGCACCAGCUACAACCAUCGUCAGCCAGUUUAUCCGUAGUCAUUCUUGUAUUCCUACCACUGUCGACGAAUCUGUCACGUCUAACAGAUUCGCCGACAGUGUGAUUAGAGAAUACGAAAGAAGAGCCCCGGUGACAGCCGCCGAGAGUUGCUAGGUACCAUGGAAGUUAUUCCAUGACCAAUUUGCACAAAUAAAAUUAUUUUUUUUUUGGCAUUUUGGCUUUUGCAUUGGGAAUAUAUGUCAUGUAGGUAAUGUGUUGUACCGUACAAUAUACUUAUACGUGUUUCAGUGAAUUGACUGAAAUACCCUUUAGAGUAGGAAUAAUAAUAAUUGGGAUAGAUCAUUUAAAAAUGUAUGACAGUGUAUGUAUGAUCUGUAACAGGAGUGUGUACAAAAUAUAAUACAAUGUAUCUAUGUUUUCUCUAUGA